ACACAUUAAGAUCGAAAUGGGAAAGAGCAAGGUACUUGUGGUAGGUGGAACUGGGUACGUGGGGAGAAGGAUUGUAAAGGCAAGCCUAGCCCAAGGCCACCCAACCUAUGUCCUUCAAAGGCCAGAGAUUGGUCUCGACGUUGACAAGUUAGAAAUGCUCUUGGGAUUUAAGAAACAAGGAGCUCACCUUGUGGAAGGUUCAUUUUCUGAUUUCCAAAGCCUUGUUGAUGCUGUCAAGCUUGUUGAUGUUGUCAUCUGCCCCAUGUCUGGGGCUCAUAAUCGGAGUCACAACAUUUUGAUGCAGCUCAAGCUUGUUCAAGCUAUCAAAGAAGCCGGAAAUAUUAAGCGUUUCUUGCCAUCAGAAUUCGGAUUCGAUCCAGCACGUAUGGGACAUGCACUUGAACCUGGAAGAGUUACAUUUGAUGAGAAAAUGAUAGUGAGAAAGGCAAUACAAGAUGCUAAAAUCCCUUUCACUUAUGUAUGUGGCGCCGCCUUCGCCAGCUAUUUUGCAGGCAACCUUUCUCAGAUGGGAACACUCUUCCCUCCAAAGGAAAAAGUGCUUAUUUAUGGAGAUGGUAACGCUAAAGUAACUAUUUUGGAGGAAGAUGACGUCGCAGCAUAUACAAUCAAAACAAUAGAUGAUCCGCGAACAUUGAACAAAACAUUGUACCUUCGUCCACCCGAAAACGAACUCAGUCAAAAGCAAUUGGUCGAGAUGUGGGAGAACCUAAUAGGCAAGGAACUAGAACGUAUUUCCAUUUCUGAACAAGACUUCCUUGCCUCUAUGAAAGGUAUGGACUUUGCAGGCCAGGUAGGAGUGGGGCAUUUCUACCACAUGUUCUAUGAAGGCGCUCUGACAAACUUUGAAAUCGGGGAAGAAGGAGAAGAAGCUUCAAAGCUUUACCCAGAAGUGAAAUACACCCGCAUGGAUGAAUACUUAAAACUUUAUACAUGAGAACAAAACAAGGUGUUUAGUAAUAGUUUCUCAAAAAAUACAUUUAUGUUGUUAUCACUUUCAUGGAGGAUUACAGCGUGCCUGAUGCUCUAUUGUGUAUGUAAUACAACAUAUUAAUCACUUAUUAUUAUCUACUGUUAGUGAGGCUAUAGUUUCCUAGGUGAUCUCAGUGUGUGAGGUCUCAAACUGGGACAAAUAUAUAUGCCUCUAUGCAUUUGUAUGGAAUAAGGUGUCC